AUGGCAAGCAACAUUCCUGCCGCCCUGAAGUCAGCGGACAUUGGGCGAUUCGCCGUGCGAGCGGCCCAACUCGAGAAGGCGAAGCCUAUCAUUGCCUACUGGUGUAAUUAUUGGAUUGCGAACCAGAUUAUUGAGAAAGGAUUACAUACCGCCGACGAUGAAGUCAAGCUGUACACCGUGGAUUUAAUGGAGAAGCUGGAACAAUUCAAGGUCGAGAACCCUGACAAUGAUGCGAUUCUGGAUUCCAUGGCUGCAAGUGCCUACGUCGAGCAAUUUGCUUUGGAAGUCUUCGGUCGUGCAGAAGCCGCCAUGCGGGCCGACAAGGUGACAAAGCAAACAGCAGACACCUUUCAGGCUGCAGCAACAUUCCUCGAACUGUGCCAGAUCUGGAACCCGCUCGAACCUGAAGCUGCGGCCAAGGUGAAAUUCGCAAAGUAUCAUGCUGUGAGAAUUGUCAAAGCGAUCAAGGCAGGGGAGGAUCCCAACGCAACGAACCCAAAGAUUGAAGAGGAAGAAGCCGAAGAGCUACCAACGGUACAGCCUUCUGAGAUCGAGCCCUCUGCCGAAGGUCCCUCGCAAGCGGCACUGCAACCGACUAUUGAAGACGUUCCAGAUGAAUCGCAGUACUCAAGAUCGCAACCUACCAUUCCACAGACUCCAAGUACCUUUACCGAACUGCCCUCCGCUCCGCAAGGUGCUGCGUCAACCACGCCCAGUCAUGAGCAAGACUCACCCCUAAACCUUCCUUCAGCACCGGAUACCUUCGCCUCGUCAUCAACAGCACCGCCUCACCUCCCUGAUACACCCACCAACAUCGGAGUGCGCCACCACCGCCAUGCGCCCUCGAAUGAAUUCCAGUCUUUCCCUCCGCCAUCCGCUCUACCCCCCGCAAGCCCACCGACUUCUUCUCAUGAUGUAAGCUCGUUUUAUAAUACGCGCGCAACUGGUCCCGCGGGGUUUGCGCCCCCAGCCGGGCCUGGGCGUGUAGCGUCGUAUUCAACACAGCAUUCCGUUCCUAUAACCCAUUCUGCUCCGGUCGCUGCAGCACCCCCACCAUCUGCACAGACAAACCCAGAGAACAUCGACGAUCAAGCUAUUUCCCAGGCUCAGAAGCAUGCGCGGUGGGCUGUUUCGGCCUUGUCGUUUGACGAUGUCAAUACGGCUAUCAAGGAGCUGCGAAACGCGCUGAAACUCCUCGGUGCCGAAUGA